AAUACCACAGUAACCAAACGGCCUCUGAAAAACCAACGGAAAGAAACAGUAAGCAAACAUUUUCUAGCCUCAGAAACUCGAAGCACACAAGAGGAAAGGAAACUUCUCUCUUCUUCUGUUAUCAUUCACACACACUACUACGUUCUUUCCUUUUCACUGCGUAGCGUGUACUGAUCCAAGAACACAGGAUGUCCUUUUUUGUUGGCUUAAUUUUCGGUCUUGCUGUCGGAUUAGCUUUGAUUGUCGGAUUUGUUAAGUCUGAAAACGCAAGAUCCAAGCUUCGGUCUGAGCUUGCAACAACUAUAGCUGCUUUUGCAAGAAUGACAGUGGAUGAUUCAAGAAAGAUCUUGCCAGCUGAGUUCUACCCUUCUUGGGUUGUCUUCUCUCAGCGCCAGAAGUUGGAUUGGCUUAAUCAACAUCUUACAAAGAUCUGGCCAUAUGUUGAUCAGGCAGCUUCUGGCCUGAUAAAAUCUUCGUUGGAGCCUGUGCUUGAGCAAUAUAGACCGGUUAUAUUGUCAUCUCUCAAAUUUUCAAAAUUUACUCUUGGAACUGUCGCGCCCCAAUUUACAGGAGUUUCUAUCAUCGAAGAUGAAGGCAGUGGCAUCACUAUGGAGUUGGAAAUGAACUGGGAUGGGAAUCCAAGUAUAAUACUUGGUAUUAAGACUAGAUUUGGCGUUUCUUUGCCAGUACAGGUGAAAGAUAUCGGAUUUACUGGGGUUUUCAGGUUGAUCUUUAAGCCACUAGUUCCUGAGUUCCCCUGCUUUGGAGCUAUUUGUUAUUCUUUGAGACAAAAGAAAAAAAUGGAUUUUACACUUAAAGUUAUUGGCGGUGACAUCUCUGCAAUUCCUGGACUUGAUGAUGCUAUUCAGGAGACAAUACGGAAUGCUGUUGAAGAUUCUAUCACCUGGCCUGUUCGGAAAGUUGUUCCAAUUUUGCCUGGGGAUUACAGUGACUUGGAGUUAAAGCCCGUGGGAAUAUUGGAGGUGAAGCUUGUGCAGGCAAAGGAUUUGACAAAUAAAGACCUCAUUGGGAAAUCGGAUCCCUUUGCAAAGUUAUACAUACGCCCUUUACCUGACAAAACAAAAACCAGCAAAAUAAUCAACAAUGAUCUAAAUCCAAUAUGGAACGAACACUUUGAAUUUGUUGUUGAAGAUGCAUCCACACAACACUUAGUGGUAAAAGUUUAUGAUGAUGAGGGGCUACAAGCAUCUGAGCUUCUUGGAUGUGCCCAAGUAAAGCUAAGCGAGCUUGAGCCUGGUAAAGUGAAGGAUGUGUGGUUGAAGCUGGUCAAAGAUUUGGAGGUUCAACGAGAUAAUAAAAACAGGGGGCAGGUGCACCUGGAGCUUUUGUACUGUCCUUUUGGCGUGGAGAAUGGCCUUGUCAACCCUUUUUCCUCUGACUUCUCAAUGACCUCUUUGGAGAAGGUACUUAAAAGCGGGGAAAAUGGUACAGGAGUUAUUGGAAAUGGAAAUGAAGUCACACAAAAGAGAAGAGAGGUUAUUAUUAGAGGAGUUCUCGCUGUCACUGUCAUUUCUGCAGAAGAUUUGCCAAUGGUGGAUUUGAUGGGUAAGGCUGACCCCUUCGUUACACUAACAAUGAAGAAAUCAGAGAUGAGAAACAAAACGAGGGUCGUGAACAACUGCUUGAAUCCUGUUUGGAAUCAAACUUUUGACUUUGUUGUUGAGGAUGGAUUGCAUGAUAUGCUUAUUAUCGAAGUUUGGGAUCAUGACACAUUCGGGAAGGAUUAUAUGGGAAGAUGCAUCCUAACUUUGACCAGGGUCAUAUUGGAAGGGGAAUACAAAGAGUGCUUCCAACUUGAUGAGGCUAAAUCUGGAAGAUUAAAUUUGCACCUCAAGUGGACGCCACAGCAUAUUUAUCGUGAUUCUUGAAUUAACCUGCCGAGUUGCAGCCGGCGAGAACUUUGGAAAGAGGCUGUGUUAGUUUACAUGUACUGUAGUGAAUUAGUUGGGAUUAUCUUAAUGUAAAUAUAUUUAAUUUAUUAAUAAAGAUUUAUUUAUUUUUAA